AAAGAGAUGACUUGAGGUCUAAUUAAGGGUCGGGAAGCCAUCUAGACCUUGUAUAUUUUUAAGUCAAGAAACCAUCUUGUCUUUCCUUUAAGACGAAGUGGUUGUUGCUUGUUGUGAGUUGAGCAAGAAAAAUGGGUUCCUCAAGAUCAAUGCUUUUCUUCAUUAAUCUUGCUAUUAUUAUCUUACACCUUGUCGCUCCCACCAUAGCCCAAGAUGAUGGUACGUGCACAGAAAAAGGUGAGUACUGCUGGAAAUGCUCUGAUACUGGCACCUACACAGCAGGUGACGAGUACCAAGAGAACCUCAACAGCCUCCUCUCUUCCUUCUCCUCCAGCACCCAAAACAAUUACGACGGGUUUUACAAUUCAUCCAGGGGACAAGACUCCAACAAGAUCAAUGCAAUUGCAUUAUGCAGAGGAGAUCUCUCACAGGACUCUUGUCAGACUUGUCUCAACACAUCUACUUAUAAACUCUUGCAAAAUUGUUCAACUCAAAAGGAAGCAAUCAUAUGGGCAGAGCGUUGUAUGGUGAGAUACUCAUACAACUUGAUAUUUGGUAUUGAACAAACGGACCCUUUUAAGCAUUUGCCUAGCCCAAACUCUGCUAAAAAUCCUCAACAGUUUGAGCUGGUGCUUACCCCCUUGUUGGGUAUUUUAAGUGACAGAGCUGCGUCAGGGAAUUCUCUUAAAAAAUUUGCAGCAGGGCAUGCAACUGUCCCUGGAGGUGAAACAAUAUACGCACUUGCUCAGUGCACUCCAGACAUGGACAAGCAAAAUUGCAGCCGUUGCCUUAACCAGUCCGUCACAGAAAUUCCAACAGUUGGAAUGAAUGGAAGAAGAGUCCUUAAACCCAGUUGCAAUUUGAGGUAUGAGAAUAAUAGUUUCUUUUUGUCUGCGGUCGAUUCGUUAGUAGAUAUUUCAGCUCCAGUUCCGCCAGCACCAGCACCUGAAGAAGCAAAAAAGAAGAGUAACACAAAACAAACUGUCACCAUCAUCGUUGUGGUUUUGGUUGUUUUUGUCACUAUUUUCAGCAGCAUAUGCUUUUUCUUCAGAGUAAGGAAACGAAGGGUAAAACUUGAACAAGAUGAGAAUUCGGAAGACGUUAGUCUGAUGGAAUCAUUGCAAUAUGAUUUUGAAACUAUAAGAUCUGCAACAGAUGACUUCUCUGAUGCAAAUAAGCUUGGACAAGGUGGGUUUGGAGCUGUUUACAAGGGUACGCUAUUAAAUGGGCAACCUAUAGCCGUGAAAAGGCUCUCCAAAAAUUCUGAACAAGGUGAUCGUGAAUUUAAGAAUGAGGUCAUGUUACUUGCUCAGCUUCAACACCGGAAUUUAGUAAGGCUCCUAGGAUUUUGCUUGAAAACAGACGAAAGGCUUCUCAUUUACGAAUACGUGCCUAACAAAAGUCUUGAUCACUUCAUUUUUGACCCAAACAAUCACGAGCAUUUGGAUGGGGAAACACGUUACAAGAUCAUAGGAGGCAUUGCUCGAGGGAUUCUUUACCUCCAUGAAGAUUCUCGGGUUCGAAUUAUUCAUCGUGAUCUCAAAGCCAGCAAUAUUUUGUUAGAUGAAGAUAUGAACCCCAAAAUUGCUGAUUUUGGAUUGGCAAAACUGUUUGUAAUUGAUCAAACUCAAGGAGAUACAAAGACAGUUAGGGGAACCUAUGGAUAUAUGGCUCCUGAGUAUGUAAUUCAUGGUCGCUUUUCUGUCAAAACGGAUGUCUUCAGUUUUGGGGUGUUAGUUCUUGAAAUUGUAAGCGGUAAAAAGAUUGGUAGUUUCCAAUAUGGCGAGAAUGAAGAGAACCUGUUAACCUAUGCCUGGAGAAAUUGGAGGGAGGAUACAAUUCAAAACAUCAUAGAUCCCGUGUUGAAGACAAGUUCACAAAUCGAAACGAUGAGAUGCAUCCACAUUGGUUUACUGUGUGUGCAAGAGAAUGUGGUGGACAGGCCAACCGUGGCUUCAGUUGUAUCCAUGCUCAACAGCCAGUCUGUCGUACUUCCAGUACCCUCACAACCAGCAUUCUAUAUGCAUCACAACACUAGAUCAGACAUAUUUGCACUGGCUGAGUCAGACCAAUCCAAAAGCCUCUCUGGCCAUGUCACAGAAAAUGAGCCUUCAAAUAUUACUGAACCAUAUCCUCGCUAAUGGUCGAGUACCAACGAUUCUGUAACAAAUUUAGGCUUUAAGUUUUGGUUCAUUUACUAUGUUAGCACUAAAUUUUAGUUGGUGUCUUCUUGCUUCAAGUUGGUAUGUUCAUCGUUAAUAAAAUGGCUUCCCGUAGCUUCAUUGUUAUGCCU